AUGAUGGAUCAUAUACGGCAAUUUGACUGGUGCACAUCAACAACAUCAGGACCAUUUUUCAUAGAAGAAUCUGUAUUAGAUAACUGCAAUACAGAGAAGAUUAUAACGAACAGAUUCGUUGACCCUCUUGCAUCAAGUGAUGAUGAGGAACAUCCGCCUAAUGUUAUUGACUGGGAUAAUGUAUUUAAAAAUAAAGAUUCCAAGCAAACCCCAAAAAUGUUUGUACCUGGCCUGCGUCCUGUGGCCCAAUAUCCUAAAUUAUCUGCGCUCACGGCAGCGCAGCACCAUAAAGGUUUGAAAGUGCUCUGUGCCAUGUACCCAAAUAUACUAGAGGAGAUGCAAAUUCUCAGGCCUACACAAAUGGGCAGAAGAAAUUUUGAGGUUUUAAACGAAGUGUAUGAGAAGGAACAAAAAGAAUACAUAGAAUGGGCUAAAUCUCUAUGGGUUAGCGCCCACUGCGUUCGUGCAUUACGACCCAAGCCAGCUAUCGAAACGAUAUACGAAGCUGAGUUCAAAGUUAGAGCGCAUCGGUUAAGUGGGUACCCACAACGGUUUGAUAUGGCAGCACAGAUCCCACUGGCAUGUACAAAGCCUCAUCAAUAUGAGGCAACACUGAAGGAAACUUUAAUCGACGUACAUGUGAGAGAUCUGCCCCACGUCAGCUUACCACAGCCGAUAGUAAAACUCACUUCUAUCAUCAAACCAUGUACAGUUCCUGAGCCGUGCCACAAACACCCGUACCCAUUCAUAUUACCAACUGAAACCAGUGUGUCAAUACUGCCAAUUAUGGAACUGCACAGAGAACUGGCUCAAUAUGCAGCUGCCAAUGGCUCUAAAUUCAUCGCCAGUGAAAAUGCUCUGCGAUGCCUCAUGGAAUUCAACAGGCACUGGUCCAUACCAGUGACCGUAUGUAGUGUUUUUAAUCAUGAAGGUGAAAGGUGCAACGUCAUAGUUUUGGACAGCGAGUUCACGAUAAACAAGGAGCCAGCCACCAUCAGGACAUUCAAAGCGUUUAGACAUCUUCUAGAACAUACACUAAUACCGUCAUCAGAGGUAGAGAAAGCAAUAGAGAAAAUGAAGAACAAUAAACAGAAAGAGCCCAAAAAGAAAAAGCACGCUACUCCUUUUGAAGAGAUGGAUGUAGAACCCGAAUUGUCCAGUGACGAGGAGCCUUUGGGCUUGUGUAUUAUGGAAGAUUAUGAUGUCGAUAAUGCACCAAAUUCUGAAAAAUCCGACACCACACCAGCAGGUAAAACGGAUCAGGAUUAUUACGAAGAACACACAGACAGUCCUUCACACAAGAACAAAGCUAUGGCUAACGGCGAUGUAUCGCUAGAAGACAUCAACGAUAUCAUCGGAGUGUAUAACUGCACUUGUUCAGAUACAAUGUACGAGAUACCGCCGCGUCGCUCGUUCAAGAAAUGGCAAAUCACGAACAACACUACGCAAGAGAGUGUGGACUUCAUCGUACAUUGUUCACAUAAAGCCAGACAAAAUUUUUCCGAGCUGAUACUGGAACCAGUGCCGGAGUACCAGUUGGAGUUGGGAGCCAGCGAACAGUCUCCCGACAGGAUUAGAAGUUUGGCUCUCUCGCUCAUGUUGAGGAAGAAUGCUUCAGUCUUGACAGCUCGCGUGGACGCGUGCAGCGGCGACCUGGUGACGCUGGAGAGGGCGGAGGCGGGGCAGCUGCGCGCCGAGCAGGGCCCGCGCUGGCGGCAGGCGCUCAACGCGCUCCACACCACGCUCAGCGAGCUGCAGGGGCUCGUGCCCGGACACUACGUGCUCAAGCACGAGCCAAGUCAUUUCGACAACGCGUUCCUGUACGUGUCGCGUCCUCACAGCAUCUCCUGCGACCUGCAGCUACAGUUCGACAGCUCGCAGCUUAUCGAACCGGACGAGGCCAAGAUGGCCAAGACUGCACCCACCCUCACACCCGUGUUACUGCCAUACCACAAGUACCGCAACAUCCUCCCAUGCGCCUUCUCCCCCUUCGAGUCCCACUUGCAGAAGGACGCCAAGAAGCCCCCCGCCAAGCAGAAGACCCCGCCGCAAGCCCUCAAGAACGAAGCGGAGCAAGAGAACGGGCGGUCUAAGUGGCCACGGCGGCAUAAACGAAAGAAGAAUAAGAAGUGA